CAAAGCAAUAGUUAAAAAGAUGGCGGACGACAAAGGAAAGUGUGAUUUGCCUCUCACUCGAGUACGGACGAUAAUGAAAAGUUCUCCAGAUGUGAACAAUAUAAAUCAAGAGGCACUCUUUCUUGCAGCAAAAGCAACGGAGAUGUUCAUUCAGAGUCUUGCCCAGGUGUCUUUGGAACAGAGCGAUGAUCGGAAAAUGCUAAAAUACAACGACCUAGCAGAAAUUGUCGACAAUAUCGAUACACUUCAGUUCUUACAAGAUAUCAUACCUAAGAAGAUAAAAGCACGAGAAUUUUUUGAAAUUAUGAAACAAUUUGAAGGUGAAAAUGAAAAUGACAGCGACACUUGAUAGUUCUGCGGUGAAGAUUUAGAGCAUUAUGACCAUGUUAAGACUUUGACUAACCUGUGAAUCAUACAAUUGUGCUCUGUGGAUAAAAACAUGUUCCUGGCAGUGAUUAUCUCAAUUUAUGGUUUUAAAGACAAUACAUUAUUGCAUGGUAUUUGUAAUUGCCCUUCGGUGUUAGAAUUAUAAGGCUAAUUUAAGACCAGAUCUUGUUUAUGGUAAUCGAUUCAUUUGAAAGUUCAUGUUUUAUUUCAAUAGAAAAACAAAUGUUUCUCAUCAAUGAUCUAGAGACUAUAUGACUAAUAAUCCAAAGUGUCUUAUCACAAAGAAACUAACAUUAUCAUUGAUAAUUUUGUCUUUAAAGCAAUGAUGGACAUCUCACUUCUUUUAUAUAUGUACAUUGUACAUAUAGAAUAAGUAACUUCAUUAAAGAAUGAUAUUAUUUUGAGGAAUGAAUAUUAUUUAUUAUUUUGAGGAAUGAAUAUUAUUUGAUGAAAUUGCAGAUAACAUCAUUUUCUUUCAUAUUUCAUUGAUUUUAUUAAAUGUAUUUUUUCGCUUUCUGUUUCAUUUAACCAUGUUUGGAGCAGGGCAAAAAUACACAGUCAUCUGUAUA